UGUGGCCGUGCGCAUUAGUCGCCCACAGUCGGAAGGAGAAACCGUCACAUCAGCCGAAAAGAAGACUCGACGGCGACAAAGACAACCGAACACACACACACGCACGCAAGGACCACUCCACACGGCCAAGCCACCAAACCGUGCUCGCUAGUGUCUUGUGGCCAUGGACGCGCACAAGUCGCUCCAUGAAGCCCAAAGGCUGCUUCGGCAGCACCGCUUUGCAGAGGCAGUUCAAAUCUUCGACAGGUUGAAGAUGACGCCUAUGCGCAAAGCCGCCCUACUCGGACUCGUGGAUGCUCGGGUUUCAUUGGCCACAGAAGAGUUCGCCGCAGACCAAGGCGUUCUUGCAGCUGCCAAGGACGCCACCGUCGAGGGCCUGAAAGAACACCUUUUGCCCUCCGAGGCAACGGCGCUGCUUGACAAGGCCCUCAAACUUGUCGAGGCGCUUCCAAGCUCAGAUGACGGCAACGCAUUCCUGGCGCAGCUCAUCCAGAAGGUCCCCACAGCACUGCGCCUGCACAUUCGCCACAUCUCUCGCCUGCUUCGCCAGCAGCGCUACGAUGAUUGCGUGCGACACAUGGCCAGCGCGCCCCUCGAUACGAGUGCGUGGUGGACGGCAGCCAAGCGAGCUGCGGCCGAUAUUGCCAGCAGAACCAGCAAAGCGGAUGCUGCGCACCUCAACGCCAUUGUCAUGGCAAACAUCGCCGACCUGCGCCAUCUCUCGUGGGCAACAGCAACAGCCGCCACAUCUGCCGCGGCCGUCGCUGCAGAGCUGCAGGCCUGCAUUUCCCGCAUCACAAACAACGCACCAGCGCUGCCCGCCGACACCCGCGCCGCUCUCGCCCGCGACGUCCUCUACGCUGUUGCUGUGCUUCUGUCUGAUGGAGACAACAACACAGUGCUGUCGCACGCCCUGCUGCACUGCCUGGUCGCCGCGGCUGGACGUGUGCACAUUGCCACGUCAACCUCGUCCGCCCUCUUCCCAGAGACGCGCGACGCGUUGCUGCUGAUGCAGGAGCGCAGGUCUCGCGUCUGUGCUGCCAUUCUGCAUGCCCACGCCCACGACAGCACAGACUACCACCGCCUGCGAGUUGAUCUUGCACAGGUACAAUCGGCACUCGACGCAGCUGGCUUCACAAGCAUCGACCUCGCCCUGCACGCUGCGCUCGCAGACUCGCCAGCAACGCUCCUGACAGGCACAUCCGCGCACAACAUGGCAGAAGAGACACUGCUUGUUUUGGCUCGCGACCCGCGCACCCUCGCCUUCCUGCUCCUCAGCGAUGCAGACGUGGCCAAACAGUGGGUUCCUGUUCUCGUUCCCACAGCCGCCCACAUCAACGACGACACCGAGGACACGGACGUUUCACAGCUGGACGUACUCUGUUUUCUCACGGCCCUGGCGUCCAAAGCUUCAGCCAAACUGUUUCCAGAUGUCAUUCCCAUGUCCAGCACACAGCUCGACUGCUGGAAGGCGUGCACCACCACAACCUCGCCUUUGGAGGCUUCGGCUGUGGAUGCAUGCAUCGCUGAGCUGCGGGGAAGUUCAAUUCCCAAGCCCGUCAGCAAGCACGCUGGGCCCCUAAUCCAUUUGCUGUGGUCGCACGCUCAGGCACGCGACGCUCCUCCCCACGCGCGUCUGGAGCGCUUCCUCGACGCUGUCUUCGACAGCGGCUACGACCUCGAAGAUUACAUUGAGUCAGGCGGAGCACGUCAAUUGCGGCUGUUCGGGGCAGAUGGCGAGCCCAUUGACGCGGCGCAGCCGUAUCUGCAUGGCAUUGCUGUUCAGCUGCUGGACCAGGCUCAGCGGCCCGUGCAGUGCCUGAAGCGCUUCGAGCAGAGCCCUCUUCGCAUGGAUGACAACCUGCACGCUCUCCUCCUCGCAAAGGUUGCCAUCACAUACAGCCGACAGGGGCGUCAAGACUUGGCGCAAAGCUAUGCUCAGCGAGGCCUUGACCUCAACUCCAGUGACGACAGCGUUAACGAGGCGCUGACCAGUCUGCGCGGCGGCGGUGAUGCGUCCUUCGCUUGCUACCAGAACCAAAUUGAUGCAAAACGACAGAUGAUCAGAAAAAAGAAGGAUCUGCUCAAGGCGCUGGCUGCCAGCAACGUGGAUGAUCUCGAGAAGCAAUGGCACAAGCUGACAGUUGGCACGAAUCAGAACGACACUGCAGCUUCCCAAGCAAGCUCAUCUGCAACAGCAAACUUGCACGAGGCAAUCCUGCAACGACCCGUCACGCCCCCUAGUGCAGCUUCACACAACCCUUACAGAAUCCACAUUGCCGCAGCUUGGACUUCCAUUCUUGCUGGCGCCCCAACCACAGCAGAUAUGCUGGAGCCAGAAGCAGCACCUGCAACAGCGGCGGUGCCCAAAGAAUUGGGUAAACCAACAAGUGGCAGUGAAAGUGCUCCGACAGCCGUGCCAACCGGACCAGCACACAUUCCGGUCCAAAAUCCAACGCAGGCGAAGAAGCCAGAACCCGCAUCACCUGCCACAUCUUCCGCUGCGCGUCAGCAAUCCAACAUGGCUACCAGCUCGCCUGCUGGCGGGAAGCCAGGGUUCGGCGGGUUUGGGCAGGGCGGCAAGCUGACGUUUGGCGCGCUCGCUACCAAGGGCAAGGACGCUGGCAAGGAGUCUGGCAAGGAGUCCGAUGCUGGUGCCAAGGGCAGCGAGGCGGGAAGCAAGCCGAGCGGCGGGUUCCAGUUCAAGGGCUUCAGCUUUGGCAGCGGGCAGAACAAGGGCACGACGCUGUUUGGCGGAAGCAAGGAGAAGGAGGCGGCGGAGAAGGCCGGUGAGGCUGAGGAAGAGGGCGCCAGCGAGGAGGCUGAGGGCGGCGCAAGCAGCAAGUUUGAGGCGAUUGUGAAGCUGCCUGAUGCCUCUGAGGUGAAGAAGGUGACUGGCGAGGAAGGGCAGAACGUUGUGUUUGAGGGCCGGUGCAAGCUGUACCGGUGGGGCAAGGGCAACGAAGGGAUGCAGUGGAAGGAGCGCGGCGUGGGGACGGUGAAGCUGCUUGAGGACCCGGCGACGAAGCGGGUGCGGCUUGCCAUGUGGCGCGACCAGGUGCAGCGUGUAGCUGCGAACCACUGGCUGACGGGGGAGAUGCAGCUGCACGCGAUGCCGCAGACGAACAACUGCGUGACGUGGGUUGCGUACGACCACAGCGACGACGAGGAUGUUGGCCUGCACAAGUUUGCGCUGCGGCUCAAGUCGAGCGAGGCGCUUGCUGAUUUCCGGGCCAAGUUUGAGGCUGGGUGCAAGGCAGCUGCGUUGCAUGGGGACGAUGGCACGACCACGACCACGACCGCGGAAGCAGCGCCUGCGGCGAAGGCAACGACGAGCACGUCGACGGCAACGGCGACCACGAAGGCAGCUGAGAAGGUUGCCGAUGAGAAGACGCAGGGCAAGGCUGACGCCGAGAAGGCGAGCGGGCCGCGAUUCCCGUUCCAGAAGAAGGACGGGGAGAGCAAGCCUGCGUUUUCGUUUGGCGGGAGUGCGGCGAAGCAGACGCUUGCAGCCUCCGUUGUCUCCUUCAACGACUUUUCAGGUUCUUACGAGCGCGACUGCAUCUGCGACUGCAUCUGCGACGAGCUCGCCUGCUGGCGGGAAGCCAGGGUUUGGCGGGUUUGGGCAGGGCGGCAAGCUGACGUUUGGCGCGCUCGCUGCCAAGGGCAAGGACGCUGGCAACUUGGAGAACCAACCGUUCCCGAACAUCUCGUCGACAAAGCAGACCGGCUUAUGUUGCCGAAAGGAUUUUUCAUCGUGAAACACAACGAUCAGCAAGUCAUUGACGUUGAGGCGACAACGGCUGUGCAGCAUGAGCAGCGCAACCGCACUCAGCCCGCAACUAUUCACCAACAUGGACAUGGCAACACCCAUGGCAACCAAAUCCCAGUGUUUGGGCAGGGCGGCAAGCUGACGUUUGGCGCGCUCGCUGGCAAGGGCAAGGACGCUGGCAAGGAGUCUGGCAAGGAGUCCGAUGCUGGUGCCAAGGGCAGCGAGGCGGGAAGCAAGCCGAGCGGCGGGUUCCAGUUCAAGGGCUUCAGCUUUGGCAGCGGGCAGAACAAGGGCACGACGCUGUUUGGCGGAAGCAAGGAGAAGGAGGCGGCGGAGAAGGCCGGUGAGGCUGAGGAAGAGGGCGCCAGCGAGGAGGCUGAGGGCGGCGCAAGCAGCAAGUUUGAGGCGAUUGUGAAGCUGCCUGAUGCCUCUGAGGUGAAGAAGGUGACUGGCGAGGAAGGGCAGAACGUUGUGUUUGAGGGCCGGUGCAAGCUGUACCGGUGGGGCAAGGGCAACGAAGGGAUGCAGUGGAAGGAGCGCGGUGUGGGGACGGUGAAGCUGCUUGAGGACCCGGCGACGAAGCGGGUGCGGCUUGCCAUGUGGCGCGACCAGGUGCAGCGUGUAGCUGCGAACCACUGGCUGACGGGGGAGAUGCAGCUGCACGCGAUGCCGCAGACGAACAACUGCGUGACGUGGGUUGCGUACGACCACAGCGACGACGAGGAUGUUGGCCUGCACAAGUUUGCGCUGCGGCUCAAGUCGAGCGAGGCGCUUGCUGAUUUCCGGGCCAAGUUUGAGGCUGGGUGCAAGGCAGCUGCGUCCAUGGAGGCCGCGAUAUCUUCGAACGCUGCUUCUCACACUUCACACGUGUCCACGUCUACCAUCACAAGCCGUUCUGCACAGGCAUCUUCUUCUACUCCUUCUGGUGCUUCCGCUCACGGAUCGUCUCAGCGGUCCGUCGAGCAUCGUGUUGUUUUCAACGACACCCCUCCAAAACGCCUCACGGCAAACUCCAAGACAUCGUCCCGCUAACGUCUUCCACGUUUUUGUUGUCGCGGACGAACGUCUCCGUGUCCUGUUUGAACUGUUCUGGCAUGGUUGCGAAGUGUUGUGAUGUGACCUCAUCUUGUGCGUGCGUGCGUGUGUGUGUGUCUUGUGUUCUGUUCUGCUUUUGUUUUGUUUCGUUUCAUCGUCCUUCAUCGAGCUUAGCCAACAUGUGUACGCUGUUUCGUUCGUUUAUUCAACAGAAUACUGACCAGAAAGCCA